GCCGCGCUCCCGACAUGCCCCGCAGCGGCCGCCCACCGCCGGAUUUGAAUCGCAGCACCGCUUUGUGGCGGCGGCGGCGGCGGGAUGAGUGCUCCGUCGUUGCCCCCGGCCUGGCAGCUCUACCUCAAGGACCACCGCAUCUCCACAUUUAAGAACUGGCCCUUCUUGGAGGGCUGCGCCUGCACACCAGAGCGGAUGGCCGCUGCCGGUUUCAUCCACUGUCCCACUGAGAACGAGCCCGAUUUGGCUCAAUGUUUCUUCUGCUUCAAAGAGCUGGAAGGCUGGGAGCCAGACGACGACCCCAUGCCAAGGAAACCAACAAUAAGCAGAAAGAAUUUGAAGAAACUGCAAAGAAAGUCCGCUGUGCCAUUGAGCAGCUGGCUGCCUCAGAGUGACGCCUCCCCACCGUCCUUGCCCCCAGCGACACGUCGUCUCCGAGGCACAGCCCUCGCGGCGUUGCCAGCUUUUCUCCAGGGCCACCUGGCUGUGUCUGAGGAGAGGAGAACGAGAACGCCAGCCUUUUGAAAUGAGAGCGCCGACUCUGCGGGGGCUGCUUCUGCCGGGCCGCUGGUGCUGAGUACAGUGACCGAUUCUUUUUCCUUUGGCAGCUUUUGCUUUCGUGAUUCCUGGACGUAGCAGGGGAGGGAGAAGUCCGUCCUCGGGGUAGAGCCCUUCCACGCCGUGGGCGGGACAGACAGCAGUGGGGAUCCCGUUUUAAGUUUCUCUUGCAUAAUAAUCUCCGUUUACGGUGUGCACACCGCGUGUUCCAAGUGCUCUGUAUUGUCUCACUCUGCCGCCCGCAGGUCCCACGGCCUUCCCUUUCACCCCGUCAGGUCUGGGGUCAUAGCACCAGGGGGAUUGAAAGCGCUGUGUGUGUGUGUGUGUGUGGUGUGUGUGUGUGUGUGUGAGGGUUCCUCACUGUCCCGUCUUGUGACUUUCAGGUGCACAGGGGGACCUAUGGGAUUAGCCCCAGGCUCCGCCUCGGGGCCUCGUCUGUGUAAGAGCUCUUUCCGGGGCUGAGUGGUGAGGGGCGGGCGGGGUUGGCAGAAGGACCGAGGUCUUGAGAGUGGGGCCGGCCUCCUGCUUCGAGGGCAGCGGGAGGUACUUUGCCUCCAGCGGCACAUGGCAAGGUUGCAGCAUUUCUCUGCGGUAGAUGAGGAGAGGCCCUUCAGGCCGGACAAGGCACUUUGCAGAGGCCUGGUCGUGGCUUCCUCGAGGUAGCAAAGCGCCGUGCCUUCUCCCUGGGGAGUCCUGCUCAGGACCAGCUGUCAUCUGUGGUCGGGGCAGGCAGGGGUGGGAUGAAAAACCCAAGUAGGAAGUUUCUGGUCUUAAUAUUUCUCAUCGUCUUCAAAUAGCUACUGCCCAUUAAUGAUGUGGAUUAGGCGGCUGAUAACUCACCUGUCUUUCUAAUGUGAAUCUUCCUAAAGGAGGGUAAUUGAAUAAAUUAAUUUAAAAAGUGAA